CUGAUCAGCUUCGCAACUCUCCUCCCGCUUUCCGCCAUCAUAUCACGCCUUCAUUUCCUCGACGCAAGGUCUUUGCCAAUGCUCUCCUUUGUAUUGAUCAAGUAGAAGUCGAUUCGACUCCUCAUGUUCUUCUAUCAGGCAGCUCAUCCAACAUGGGGGUAGUCCUUGCACUCUGGCAAGUGGUGGUGUAUGUUGUUCAGUUCUGGCAAAGGAAAUUCCGCGAAUGGUACACCCGAAAGAGCCCCGUCGAGCUCUGGCUAGACCUCCUCCGUAACGCCGAAACCUUUGAGGAAUGGGAAGAGGCCGCCCUCCACCUCGACAACCUGCUAGGACUCGACCUCUGGAGGAAUAACCCCACGUCGAAAUACUAUGACUACCGUCUCAUCAACGAACGCUUAAACUCCCUCGUCGAGGCCCGCGAGGAGGACAACAUCAACCAGCUCGUCAAUCUCCUACGAUCCGGCCUCGUCCGCAACCUCGGCAACAUCAGUUCCCCCAAGCUUUAUAACCGCGCCUUCGCCGGGACCAAGUACCUCAUCGAAGAAUACAUCACCCAGGUCGCCGAAGCCGUCGAAGACGUGUCCGCCCUACCUACUACUCCUCCCCCUCACUCUCUCGACCACCACGCGUCCUUCGUCGCGGCUUCUCCCUCGCAGUGCCAAGGCUCCACCAGCUCGACGCAAACGGGCCGAAACACGACGCGGAACCGCCCCUCCACGGCCAGCGGCGAGACGACGACCAGUCCUACAACCCUCACAAACCAGACCAAGCUGGACUUCCUCCACGAUACCCGCCAGGCCUUCGGGCGGAGCACCCUCGUGCUGCAGGGCGGCGCCAUCUUCGGCAUGUGCCACCUCGGCGUCGUCAAGGCCCUCUUCCUGCGCGGCCUGCUCCCCCGCAUCAUCACCGGCACGGCCACGGGCGCCCUCAUCGCCGCCCUCGUGGCCAUCCACACCGAAGAAGAGCUCCCCAACGUCCUCAGGGGGGAGGGGAUCGACCUGUCGGCGUUUGCGGGGAAGACCGAGGCGCAGGAGAACCGUGCCGACGCCGGCGACGGUAGCAAUAACAAUAACGAUAACAAUAACAACGAAGAGGGGCUGACGGCGGCGAGGAAAAAGGAACAGCAGCAGUCCUUCGCCACGAGGUGGCAGACGCUGCUACGGCGGGCGAGACGGUUCUGGAAGGAAGGCUACUUCCUCGACGUCAAGGUGUUGGAGGAUUGCGUCCGCGCCAAUGUGGGGGAUUUGACGUUUGAAGAAGCGUUUAAUCGCAGUAAGAGGGUCUUGAACGUUACUGUGGCUACCGAGGGGCAGGGGGGCGUGCCGACGCUUCUCAACUAUCUUACCGCACCCAAUGUGUUAAUCUGGACGGCGGCCGUAGCGUCAAAUGGCUCCUCGCCAAGCCUGUAUGGCCGCCGAGUGACCACAAUCCUCUGCAAGGACGCCCAGGGCAACAUCGUACCCUGGGCGCCGGCCAACAUCAUCGACUUCCGCCACUGGACCCACGUGUCGUACUCGGACCGGGAGUCGCCGCUCUCGCGCAUCGCCGAGCUGUUCAACGUCAACCACUUCAUCGUGUCGCAGGCCCGGCCCUACCUCAUCCCCUUCCUGCAGAGCGACAUGCACGGCCCGUCGCUGCUGGAGACGGGGAGCCGCACCACCACGUCGGUCACGGCCUUUCUGGUGCGCAUGGUGGGGCUGGAGCUGCGCCACCGCCUGCACCAGCUCGACACGCUGCGCAUGCUCCCCGCGGGGAUCCGCCGGUUCCUCGUCGACGAGCGCGUGCCCGCCGCGUCGAUGACGUUGGUGCCCGAGGUCACGGCGGGGGACUUUGUCAGGCUGCUGUUCGAGACGCCGACGCGCGAGGCCCUCGACUACUGGAUCCUCCGAGGCGAGCGCAGCGUGUGGCCCGCCGUGGCGGCCUUGCGCGUCAGGUGCGCCGUCGAGAACGAGCUCGACCGGUCGUACCAGCGCGUGAGGCGGAUUAAGGCUGGCGGGCUUAGGAGGAAGGGGUCGACGGCGUCGUCUUCGGGACCGGCGGCGGUUCUGGACCAGAAGAAGCAGAAACGACUCGGCGCGGCUUAGAAUUUUUUUUUU